AUGCUGCGCCGCUCUCUCGUGAAGCGUGGCGGCUUUUCGCAGGAGGCUUUUCACCGAAUGACCAAAUACAUCACUUCUCGCAACCCAAAUGAGAAGUACCUGCGCACCGGUCACAUUGUUCUGGAGACACUGAAGCGUUACCACUCCUACAUCCUGACGGUUGCUCUCAUCAGCGCCUUUACUGUGUAUGACCACCACCAGAACCCGGAGAAGAUGCCGGGUGCUGUGCAUGAUGGCCGCUCCCUGGUGCUGUAG